ACAACAACAUAACCUACAUAAUUCUGGUACGUUAUAUGUUUACUGUGUUAUACAAACGUCGUAAAGUUAAUCGAAGAAAAAUUGUGGAAAAUGUCAUACAUUCAAUUUGAGAGUUCGAGAGUGAAAGAGGCCCAGAGGCAAGCGAUCAGAGAUAGUAGACAAAAAAUUUUAACUGAAGCCAAGGAAAAACAUGAUAAAAAAUUAGCAUUGGCUGAGAGGGCACGACAACGGGGAGAUGACAAGUGGAUAUUGCCAUCAGUAGAAGCAAAAUUGUCGGGGAAAUCAAAGAAGAAAAAGAAGAAAGAUAAAAAAGAGAGAAAAUUGAAGAAAAAACGUAGGAAAAGUUCAUCAGAGUCGUCUAGCGACUCGUCCAAAGAGGAAGGAGAGGAAUGGAUUGAAAAAUCUUCGAGUUCUGUGACAGAUCCACUAUCCGAGCCAUUGGAACGAGAUGAGUGGAUGAAUCUGUCCGGAGUUUUUCUCUGCUCUUCAAAAGAGAAAAAACCUAAAAAACAAGAGGAUAAACAGACGUGUAUUUUGGAUAAGCCAGGUCAGAGUACCAGAGAACUGAAUUUGCACUGGAGGGAUGGAGGAACAGGUCUUCCAAAGAAUGACAAUGAUUCAACGUUAACUUCCAAAACGAUGAAUCCGGAAUGGCUCAAGAAAAGUCUUCAACGAGCUAAAGAACAGGCUGCAGAAGAAAACAGAAGCCUGGAAGAAAUAGCUGAAGAGCGAUGGGGCUCUCUGGAUGUCAUCAAAUCGAUGAUCGAGAAGGCAGAGCACAAUUAUAAGCUGGCAGGUGUGUCUCGACGUCACGACACGUCGAGUGAUAGUCGAACCCAUGGAGAUAGCAGCAAGAGUCGGUCCAGAAGCAAAGAGAGAAAACGUCACAGUUCCGGGGAUUACAAACCUCUCGAUAAUAAACGCAAAUUAAGAUUCAAGAGGCCAGGGGAUGAUGCAGGACAUUCAACAGUUUAUUCUGGUAGAUCAAAGUCUUCAAGGAAUAAUUGGAAGAAAUCUGAGGUAAAUGAUGAAAUUGAACCACAGAAGUCAUCACUCAAACUUCAAUCUCAUAAAAUAGAAUCAAACGAGGAUGAUUCAUCUUCAGAAGGAAGUGCUAGCGAAAAAUUAAACUCACCACAACCUGUAGCUGUCAUAUCUGAGGACGAAUUAAACAAACUUGGAGCGAAAAUCGUGAAAGCUGAGAUAAUGGGGGACAUGGAGCUAGCCCAAGAGCUGAAAGAAAAAUUAGACAAAGCUAGGGAGGUGAAGAAAUUCGUGACUAAACCGGCAGAAUCUAAAGAAGAAGAUGUCAUCCUCACCAUCACAAAUUCCAAGGGGAUGUCAAGGCCAUUGGAGCCUCGAAGUCGUUAUGAAGAGCCACAGAGUGGUAGAAGAAAGAGUAAAAAAAUGGAAACUCACGAUAAAGGAGAGCGAGUUAGAUAUUUCGCAGAUGAUGACAAAUACAGUCUUCAAGAGAUGUUCCAGAAAGAGAAAGGAGAGUCCUCCCACAAAGAUGACUCCAUGUUUGUUAAAAUGGCAUCAAAGAGUAUGGAUAUGGAUGAAUUAUUCGAACAGCGGAUAACUAGAGAUGAAAGUGACGCUAAACAAGAUCUGAGAGACAAGAUGAGGGCAAUCAAGAAUCACAAGAAAAUGGAAAAGAGUUUGGAGAAUUGUAAAUUGUGUUUCGAUUCCAAGGAAAUGCUGAAGCACCUUAUCGUUGGUAUGGGAACGAAAGUAUAUUUAAGUCUCCCCUCUCAUUUGUCUCUAACACCUCACCAUUGUAUUAUUGCACCGAUUUAUCAUAGUCCUUGUCAGACGCAAUUGGACGAAGAUAUCUACGAAGAACUCAAGGCAUUUAAAAAUUCCAUGAUUAAAAUGUGUGCAAAGAAUAAAGAAUAUCCUGUAUUCUUUGAAGUGGCUAUGGGUCUUCAUAAGUACCCUCAUAUGCAAUUGGAGUGUGUCCCCAUGCCUGAAGAUAUUGGCGCUAUGGCUCCAAUGUACUUCAAAAAAGCUCUAUUAGAGUGUGAGAUGGAGUGGUCCACUAAUAAAAAACUCGUUGAUUUAUCCAAAAAAGAUGUUAAACAGUCAAUUCCCAAAGGCCUGCCAUAUUUCACAGUAGACUUUGGUGACCAUGGGGGAUUCGCUCACGUAAUCGAAGAUGAGAAACAUUUUCCGAGGAAUUUCGCUCAGGAGAUCAUUGGGGGCAUGAUGGACUUGGAUUCUAGUAUGUGGAGAAAGCCUAGGCGAGAGAAUUUUGAAAGUCAAAGGAAUAAAGUCAUUAAAUUUGCCGAAAAGUGGAGGAAAUACGAUUUUACCUCUUGAAAUUAUUGUAAAUAUUGAAACAUUUGAAGAAAAAAUGAUGAAUAAAUCAAUUUUUCAAAUAA